AUGAUGUCAGAACAGGACCUGGCGGACGUGGUCCAGAUUGCCGUGGAAGACCUGAGUCCUGACCACCCAGUUGUCUUGGCGAACCAUGUUGUGACAGAUGACGAUGAACCAGCCCUGAAGCGCCAGCGGCUUGAGAUCAAUUGCCAGGACCCCUCCAUCAAGUCCUUCCUCUACUCCAUCAACCAGACCAUCUGCCUGCGGCUGGACAGCAUCGAAGCCAAGCUGCAGGCGCUCGAGGCCACGUGCAAGUCGCUGGAGGAGAAGCUGGACGUGGCCACCAACAAGCAGCACAGCCCUAUCCAAGUGCCCAUGGUGGCCGGCUCCCCGCUCGGGGCCACGCAGACCUGCAACAAAGUGCGAUGCGUCGUCCCCCAGACUACCGUAAUACUCAACAAUGACCGGCAGAGCGCUAUUGUAGCCAAGAUGGAAGACCCCUUGAGCAACAGGGCACCGGAUUCCCUGGAAAAUAUCAUUAGCAAUGCGGUGCCUGGGCGACGGCAGAACACCAUUGUGGUGAAGGUACCUGGCCAGGAGGACAGCCACAAUGAGGACGGGGAGAGCGGAUCUGAGGCCAGCGACUCCGUGUCCAACUGUGGGCAGUCUGGCAGCCAGAACAUCGGCAACAACGUUACGCUCAUCACCCUGAACUCGGAAGAGGAUUACCCCAACGGGACGUGGCUGGGCGACGAGAACAACCCCGAGAUGCGGGUGCGCUGUGCCAUCAUCCCCUCUGACAUGCUGCACAUCAGUACCAACUGCCGCACGGCCGAGAAGAUGGCGCUCACGCUGCUCGACUACCUCUUCCACCGCGAGGUGCAGGCCGUGUCCAACCUCUCGGGCCAGGGCAAGCACGGCAAGAAGCAGCUGGACCCGCUCACCAUCUAUGGCAUCCGCUGUCACCUGUUUUAUAAAUUUGGAAUCACAGAAUCUGACUGGUAUCGAAUCAAACAGAGCAUCGACUCCAAGUGCCGGACCGCUUGGCGGCGGAAACAGCGAGGUCAAAGCCUGGCCGUCAAGAGCUUCUCUCGGAGGACCCCGUCCUCGUCGUCCUACAGCGCUUCAGAGACGAUUCUGAGCACUCCCCCGCCCACCAGUGAGAUCGCGCAGCCCCAGCCACAGGCACUUCACUACACGCUGGCCAACGCCCAGCAGGUCCAGAUCCACCAGAUUGGAGAAGAUGGACAAGUCCAAGUAGUAUGUACUGGCCACCUCCACAUUGCCCAGGUGCCACAAGGGGAGCAGGUCCAGAUCACGCAGGACAGCGAGGGCAACCUGCAGAUCCACCACGUGGGACAGGACGGCCAGGUGCUGCAGGGCGCCCAGCUGAUUGCCGUGGCCUCAUCAGAUCCCAGUGCCACAGGCGUGGAUGGGCCUCUCCAGGGCGGUGACAUCCAGGUCCAGUAUGUCCAGCUGGCACCAGUGACAGAGCACACCGCAGCCACACAGACGGCCGACAGUCUGCAGCCGUCGCUGCCGCCGGAGAUGCAGCUUGAGCACGGGGCCAUCCAGAUCCAGUGA